GUUAUACGCAGCGAGUCAGACGGCUCAGCGAUGGAGGGAGGAGGCAGGGUUUCUUGGGUGAAAUACGGGCCCGUCGUGUCCCUGUUCGUGGUUCUUUUGGCCGUCUGGUUUCGGUCCCCUGACGACGCGGUUCCGGACGACCGGCUGGACACCGUGCUGUCCUCGUUGCUCCGGGCGGAGGGGAAGGUCGGAGUAAGCGACGUCGCCAAGCCCAAAGUGGCGAUCGGUUUUGGGGGUUGUGUUGACCUGAUAGUGGACGGGGUGAUGUUGCUGAAUAAGAUCGGCGUCCCUCCGACCGACCAGCCUCUGCACCACGACUACAUAGAAAGUGAAGUGCAGCUGGCUCAGAGCUUUGCCUACUUCUUUGCACCAGGAGCUGCAGCAGAGCGUUUUAUGCUGAAUGAUACGCUAUUCAGCGAGCUGGUCGAAGCGUCCCGGGACCUCCCUGGAAACAGGUGGGCCGUAGGUGGAAACGCUCCGGUGAUGGCCAGUCGCAUGGCAACGGAGGGGUGCGAUAUUUUGCUGGGUGGAAGUUUCAGCCCCGAUUUUACCGAUGUCCUGUCCCCACACAUAACAGUGGCAGGUAACAUAAUUGAAGAGCCGGACAUUCAUCUAAUCCUGGAGUAUCCGUCUGGUGCUAGCUGGGGUCAGUAUACCUCACGUAGAGCCAACAGAUACAUCGUCCACAGCGAUGACCACAACCCCUACCUGGACUCCAUGGCAGAGUUUGCUGAGAAACUUAAAGACUUUGAACCAGAUCUGCUGGUGGUGGGUGGGCUGCAAAUGAUGGAUAACUUCCCCUUCCAAGCAGGUGAGCGGGACGCUCUCCUCUCCCGCCUGUCGGGCCUCAUGGCCUCCUCGUCUCCAUCCAUUGGAGUGCAUUUUGAGAUGGCCAGUUUUGUAGAGGAGAGUAUAAUGGAAGACCUACUUCACUACGUCAUUCCCCACGCGGACUCUUUAGGGAUGAACGAACAGGAGCUUCCCAACCUGCUCAGCCUGCUAAAAGGCACCAACAUCACCGUGUUGUCGGACCCAAACCCUCGCGUAGCCACCGUCCUCGACCAGAUGAGGGAGGUCUAUCGCAUCGUGAACCAGCGCUCCAAGGACGCCAGUGAAGAAAGUGACACUUAUGGGGCCAAAGCCAAGCCGCUGACUCGGCUCCACGUCCACACGCUGGCCUUUCAGGCCAUGAUCGUGACACGCGGCUCCCAGUGGAAGAACACCAUGUCGGCCACCGCCAAGGCCUCCCUCACGGCUAACCGCCACGUCUGUGGCUCCGACGCCAUCGACCCCAGCAAGGCGAGGCUCAUCAUGGACGACUCGUUCUCCGUCAGCCGGCAGGAAGGCAGCCAGCGCAUCCCGCUGCAGGAGAGCAGGCCGGUCAGCUGCUGGGAUGAAGAGGACUACGAGAUCUGUGUGGCGCCCGUGCUCGUGUGCACCGAGGUUUACCAAACCGCAGGUGGAGGAGACAACAUCUCAGCUGCUGGCCUGGUGCUGCAGAUCUAGAAUAUAAAGUAUAUGAGAACUAUAUGACGUGUGUGUGUGUGUGGGUGUGUGUGGUGCUAACUACAUGUUGGCAGCAUAUGUGACUCUGGAGACGUGAUCCAGAUGGGAUGCAAUGAUUGGGAAAUGUAUGGGGCUAUAUAUCCCAUGUGGACCAAAGCGUACUGUCAUUCUGAGGAGUCAGAUGGGCGGGGGGGGGGGGGGGGGGGUUGGUUAUUAAUCAGGUAAAUCAUGAGAUUUGAGCUGUAUGGGCUCAGCACCAAGCGCUUCUCCUCUACUCCGCCGAGGCCUUACAAGACCUGGGCUUCAGUAAAGCGUAGAUAAGGAGGGAUACGGUUUGGAUAAGGUCCAACAAAAAAAUCAAGCUUUGUUUUGCGGCUAGUAGCUGACAAAUCUUUUACAACUUCAGCUGUAGGAUAAGUUCUCUUUGCGUGGUUUCAAUAAGUGACUCCGCUAUGCAGAGUUGGGUAAUUAUUUAAAACGCUGAAUCUUUUGCUUUCAGGGAGCACGUUUAUCAGGUGUCUGCUACCUAAGAAUACUGCUGCUUACAGCUCAGAACGGGUGAACUGGGCUUUUGCCACACCUGCCUUGCCGCAUGUUUCCACCUGUCAGCAGUGGUGGAAAGUAACUUUUCAAGGUCAUUUUUACCUUACUUGGGUAUUUUCACUUUCUUCUACUUUGCACUACAUUUUUGAAGCAAUUACUGCAUUUUUGCUAGAUAACUUAACAUACAUUUGCAGAUUUACAUUAUUUAUCAAAAAUAUAACUUGACUAAGAAAUUAUAAUCUGUUUACAUGAAUUAGGAUACCCAGCAGUAUAUAAAGCUAAUACAUUUAGCUCCAAAAUUAAAACAUUAAUGCAUCGCUAGUUGCAAUUCAAUUAUAUACUUUAGGGCAAUUCCUCAUAAUGAAUAGCGCAGCAUAGUUCUCCCACCACUGCGGUCAGGUUGGUAAGGUGGCGCGAUCGGCACCGUGAAGCUAAUGAGCAGCUUCUGUCCUGCUCCUUCCCUCAUGUAAUACAUUAUCAAAGGAAAAGAGAUUCAACGUAGUGAGCCAGUGAUGUCAUCACCUCCUGUUCUUCCUACUAUAUGUGAAAAGGUGUCUUCUGUUUGUUUAGGAUUCUCUUUCCUCUCAGCGUCCGUUUCUGUGCAAUACCGCAAAACCGUGUAAAGAGACCACUGCUGGUAGCUUGGUAUGAUGUCAAAGACUCCCUGUCUACCUCCGUCACUCUUUCCUCUGUUACUUUGUCCAACUUUCACCUGUCUCAUUUCUCGUCUUUUUUUUAACUCUUUAAGGACCAAAUAACCAGUGUGGAGUUCCUAAAGUUCUCUUGUGAUAUGAUGCAUAAAGUGGAACAUCUUUCUCUCUUGUUUUUGCUGUUUUAUUGUAAGCUCCACACAAAGCUGUGCUGUUGCCAUGGAUUCCAUUAUCUGUGAAAUAUUGGACCGCACCGUAAAUGUGUGUGUGUUCUUCAUUGGAUUCAAUGCCGGCUAAUGAGAAAAUCUAUAGAUGAAAACGUGUCCGUGCCUGAUUGGCCAUCGACUCCUGUUUCACUGCAGCGCUUUCUACAAACGUUCCAUCGCUGUUUCAUUCAUUUCCUCCAUACAAUAUGAAUUAAUUCUUCUCAUUUUUUCUUGAUUACAUUGUUGCAUGUUUUUUUGAACAUACUUAUCAAAGCGCCUUUUUGCUGAGGAACGUGUUUGUUCAUUACAAUCCACCAAGUAUGAACUACAGAAAUCACUUUAAAUGUUUCCUCCUGAAUGCUUCUGAUUUAUCAUUGUGUUUGAACUUAAACGAGCCUUAUUCUGUUCAGUUUUGAUGUUUAGUGAAAAGGGAAUAUUUAAUUAUUUUACUGUAGGCUUAUGUUUUUUCUCUGAUGUUUUUGUCUUGCACAGUGAUUGGAAGAGUUACGGGUCGUGUUUUUACUGUGAAUUAACUUCAAAGUGCAUUCAUGUUCAGAGAAAGAACUGCUUGUUUGCUACUAUAUAAUAUACUUAUCGAAGCUUUAGAUAAGUCGUACCAUCCUUGUUUCCAAGCUGGGUUUGAAUGUUUCAUGCAUGUUAACUAUUCAAUGCAGAGUCACAACAGAUAAAAUGCUACGCUGAUACAGCAGUCAUUGCUUUGUUUAUGUUCUCAUUCUCUGCAUCAUUGAUUCACGCGUUCACUGCUAUCAUGGCUGCAAACGGUUUUGGUCUUCUGGACUUAAAAACACUUCCCCGACUUUG